CUGGUCACGCAGCGGCAGCGCGUGUUGUACGAGGUCAUAUUCCGUGGCGGAGGGAGGCUUGAACGAUCCCAAGCCGCAGCUCCACAUCUCGUCAAUCUCCACGCCGAGCCUCCACGUCUCGUCGAUUCCGUUUCGAGGAAGGUCAUGAGGACUGCGCUAGGCCACGCCUGAGACGCCAGGAGGGUUCUUCCCCAUGGCUUGUUUCUCUGCUGGAAAUGCCUUCAUUGUGCCCUCUGUUUCUUCUUCUCCUUCUUCUUCUUCCUCUUCCACAAUAGGCGGCAGGUCUCGCAUGUUCGUCGUAGCUGUAGCCCCGGCCAGCGGCCUCGUGGUCUUGAGCUGCCAAAGGAGAGAUUUUUACGGACCUCUGGCUGCUAGACUUUUGGGUCCUCCAACAAAAUUCGAAGCCUCGAAGCUGAAAGUAGUGUUCACGGCAGAAGAAAUGGAGAAGCAUGCUCCAAGCACCAUUCACCGAGCUUACACACUCACACAUUGCGACUUCACAGCAAAUCUGACCUUAUCAGUCUCCAACAAUAUCCACACUAAGAUGUUAAUGGACUGGCAAGCCAGGUUAAAUAAGGAUGAUGUGGUGGCAGAGUGGAAGACGAUGAACGAGGAAAUCUCUUUGCAUGUUCACUGCUUUGUGAGUGGAACUAGCCUCCAAGAUCUAGCUGCUGAAUUCCGAUACCACAUAUUUUCGAAAGAGUUGCCAUUGGUUUUGAAAGCUGUGGUUCAUGGAGAUUCUGCCCUUUUUAGCAAGCAUCCUGAGCUAAUGGAAGCUCAGGUAUGGGUGUACUUCCAUUCGAAAUCAAAGAAAUACAAUCGAUUAGAAUGCUGGGGUGCUCUCAAAGAUGCUGCACAGAGGACGUUGGACGACGGAUUUGAUACUUUGCAAGCUUCAGUGUUUGAUAGCCUUGUGAAGUUUGGUAGCCCAAAAACAAUCCUGCAUGCCUUAGUCGCUUUCCUCCUACGGGACAGAAGUCUAUAUUUUUGGUUUCAUUCAUUCCUCUUCAGUCACAGAAGCUGGUGAGGGUAUUAGCAUUGUUCAUCUAAACGCAAAUAUUUGGUUAAUCGAUGAUUUGGACAGAAGGUGCUGCAAGUUUUUGAUGCUUCACAUCACUCACUGCUAGAGAUGAGAGGCACCAGUUACCCAAGGCCUUUAGUUUGCAGCGUCUCUUCAUUUGUACAAUUGAUACUGAAGAUAUGGUCAUAGAACACAUUAAUCACAAAAGCUUUAUGAUCUGAUUCUUUAAUAA